UUAACAAUGUGUUGUGAUGGGAACUGCAGGCUUGACCUGCUCGGUAUUCAUUUAUUCUUGUUUAAUUGUUUAAACAGUAAUUGUAGAAUGUAUGUAUAAUCCUUGUCAAAAAGACAGGAACAUGAAGGAAGGUUUUUAACUUGACGUUUUAUAGCGUCCACUUAACACAGGGAGCUGCCUGUGUUGGUCAUAUUUACUUCCAGUCGCUGAGAUUAAAAUGCAUCGCGUGGUUAUUUUGUUUCAAAAGAUAAAAUUGAGUUUCCAACCCAGGUGUUUUUCAACAGCUGAAACUCUGUCCAACAGCUGGGCAUUCCACAGGUUUGCGAAAAGCUGUAAGCAUUUGGAAAAGGGAAAACGUAAUUUAUGUCAAACUCUCAAUAAUCAGGAACUUGUACAAGCAGAAUUAAGAUACUACAAAUCAAAGUCGCCCAAAUAUUGUAAACUGGAAGGUUGGUUCAAAAAAAGAUUGGAAACAAUCUGCGAUAGGUAUGCUUCCAGCAAUAACAGUUUUGUGAUGACCAUGAAUGGGAUUGAAUACUUUGAAGAUGAUGGCUGUAUUUAUAGAAAACUUCAGAAAGGUUCUCCUGAACUCGUGCUGUGCCUGGAUCAGCUGCAGUUUCUUCAAUCAAACGAUGCUCAAUUUCAGCGUAUCAGAGUUUCACCAGAUCAGAAAUAUUUGGCUUCGAGUGUACGUACGCCAUCAGAUGAAUCCACUUGUGUUGUAGUGAAGCUUGAUCCAAAACCAUUGGUGGUACAUGUUUUACCGCGAGCAUUUAGUUUUGAAUGGGCCACAGAUAAUAGCCUGUUCUACACCAUUUUGGAGAAGCUUCAGUCUCAUGAAGUUUACAGGCUUCUGCUCGGAGACCCAAGAACAGCAUCUGAAAUGGUUUACAAAGAAAAGGACACCAGGUUUUUUGUGGAGCUAACCUGUACCAAGGAUGGAAAAUUCAUCACCAUCAACAGUAACAGCAAGACUAGUUCAGAGGUCUGGUUAAUUGAUCGAAUGCAUCCACUGGAGGCGCCUAAGGUUGUGCAAGAGCGACUUCCUGAACUAAUUUAUCAUGUGGAACACUGGAAAAACCAGUUAUAUAUUCUGACUAAUUUUGCUGCCACAAAGGACUAUGAACUGAUGAAAACUGAUAUUUCGUCAUCUGGAAUGCAGAACUGGAAGACUGUUUAUGCAGUAAAAGAGAACCACAAGCUAAUCGAUAUGGAGCUGGCCAACGACAAUUGCAUAAUGAUACUGAAGUGUUAUGGUCGCUUGAGUUUAAAUGUGUUUUCCCUCAAACAACCAGAACCUGUUAAAUCCAUCCAGCUCCCAUCUUGGGCUUGUGCUAUUGAGUGUGAAGCUUACUUAAGACACAAGUCUGAUGUAUUUUGCUUCCAGCUGUCUUCCCCAGUACAGCCACCAGUAAGUUUUCUGUAUUCAAUGGACGAAGACGAGCUCUACAUGGAAGAUGAUGAAACAUGUCUGAAUAAUAAGAAGGACUAUAAAGUAACUCGCUUAAAAGCACCAGGCAUGGAUGGCAUCUUGGUACCCAUCACAGUUUUUCAUAAAACGACAUUGAAUGAAAUGAAUGAUAAACCUCUAUUGGUUCAUGUCUAUGGAGCUUAUGGCAUGGAUUUGAAUUUUGACUUUAAACCAGAACAGAUGCUAUUAUUGAAAGACGGUUGGAUUUUAGCAUAUUGCCACGUUAGAGGUGGUGGUGAGUUGGGUUUAAGCUGGCACAGAGCCGGUCGGUUGGAUAAGAAGCACAUUGGCAUAGAUGAUCUGCAGGUUUGUCUGUGUCACUUACACACAAUGGGAUAUUCAAACCCAAGGAGGACAGCUCUCAAAGCAGGCAGUGCUGGUGGAGUCCUAGUUGGAGGCUUGUGCAAUGCAUCACCUGAGUUGAUCAGAGCUGUUGUUUUACGAGCUCCUUUUCUUGAUGUUCUCGACACCAUGCUAGACCCUUCAUUACCUCUCACCCAAGAAGAGCAAGAAGAAUGGGGGAACCCUUUGAAUGACCAAGGAUUCUUCAAGUACAUUCAAGCUUAUUGUCCGUAUCAGAAUAUUAAGCCACAGAAUUAUCCUUCUAUACUGAUCACAGCCUACCGAGACGACCAACGUGUACUACUGUCAGGGUUGCUGAAAUAUACAACCAAACUUAGAAAUGCUGUGGCUACAAAUUAUAUUACAAUGGGUGAACCACAGAGUAUCAUUUUGGAUAUCCAGCCUGGGGAUGAUCACUAUGGUCCAACUAACUGGGAGCAAUCAUUACAAGAAAUUGCCAGACAUUAUGCAUUUCUAUACAAGGAGCUGAAACUUGAUCUGGGAGGAACUCAUCCAUGAAUAUUUUCUGUGCAUCAAACAGCAGAGAAAUACACAAGACAUGAGUUUAGUGAAUAAUUGUUCAUUCAAAUUUGAUCUGGAAUUAAGUGUAUUUAUAUUAUAGACACAAUCACUGUUUUUGGUGGAUUAGUAAUUAUUUAAUUUAAUGUACUUUGGUGAUAUUGUUUAUGUAUUGGGAAAAAAAAAAGGAUGAAGUUGAAUAAUGUGUUAAAUGUUACUUUUUAUGUGAAACUUUUCAUUAUAUUUGCUUUAUCUGAGAUUGGAAGUUGGGUAAACUGUGAACAGCAAAAUUAGUGUCUCUAGUUUGCCCUCUUUUGCCUCUUCAUUCCAAGAUGACAUUAUGCUUUGAUGAAAAAUUAUUUAAAUAUAUUUCUGUAAUAAAUUCAACAGCUUACUGUAAAUAUUGCAGGAGUUCCCUGCUGUCUAUGGCACUUUCAUUAUCAAUCUGCUGUGAGAUGAAAGAUAACGGUUGUACAUUUAAUAGAUGUCUUUUAUAGAAUCCUUCAAAAGAACCAAUCACUUUGAUCAGUUUGGGCACAGCCAUUCAACCAUAAACUACCUAACUUAAGCCACAAACCGGAAAAGCUAUUUACAAAAUUAAAUGUGUUCAGAGUGGUAGCAGGUACAAAGUGGAAUUCUGCUCGGGCCUUCGCUAUAAUUCGCUAUAAUUCAGUCUCUAUUUAAUGAUCUAGAUUUAACAGAUUGGGCUUUUGAAUCCAGAUUUCCAGAUACUGGAAGAGCUAUUCGCUGGAUAACUACAACAAGUUACAGGCAUAAUAUUCUGCAAGUUUGUAAUAAAUUUGCAGGUAAAUUUUAACACUCUUGGUAUUUUGAAUUUUAAAAUGUGUUUCAUUUUAGGAACAUUUAGAAAAAGAUCUUUUGAAAAAUACAAGAAUGCUAUCAGAAGUUUCAGUGAAGGUAAACAGGCUGGUUUUCUGGUGAAGAGCAGAAUGUAAGUGCUAGUGGUCUUUAAUAAACAUGAAACAAUCGAAGGUAAUGUGAAUUAGAUUAGAUGGCAAAGGAGGUUUGACUGGAACAUAUAGUUGCCAGGAUGCAUUAUGAAAAUGGCAGAAUGGCCAGUUUCGGUGCUGUAUAUUUGCAAUUAUUACACCAUUCAACUAGCCGGAUGGUAGAAAGCAAACCAAAUUAAAAUUUUAUUUUACAAUCCUUUGUUCAUUUAAAGUGUAAGGUUGAAUCCAUGUAGUGUAGUUAUUUCAUAACCUUUUAUAAUUAAGAAUAUCAUGUUUAUUAAACGAUUGUCAAGUAUUUUUGGAAACAAAAACAGUCCAGACAAGCAAAUCAAACUACGUUGUACCAGAAAGCAAAAAUCCUCAUGUUACCUUAAACAAAAUCUUGCAAAAAUAACUUUAAUUCCUGUUAUUUUAUUGUUUUAAAUCCUA